CUUGGAGUCUUGAGAUAGAAGUCCUAGGAAAAGGUAUAAAUACAGCGUCCUGGCAUGGAGUAUCCUGCUCAUCAUCAGCAACAACAAACAGCUUCUCUAACAACAAUCUUCUCUAUCUAUUCAAAUCUAUCAAGACUAUCUCGUCUAUCCCAAUCAUUCAAAAUGCAAUUCACUGCUACCAUCCUGAUGCUCGCCACCGCCAUCACCGGCGCCAUUGCCGCUCCCGGCGCUCUCGAGCAGAGACAAGACACCAUCGAGAUCAAGGCCUGCGACGGACAGAACUUGGGAGGAACCUGCACCAAGAUUUCCAUCAAGACCCAGCAUGACUGCUUCAAUCUGGAAGACAAGCCAGUCAACGACAAUGUCCACUCGGUCUCCAUCCCCCGGGGAUACCGUUGCCGCUUCUGGGAGUCCGACCGCUGCAACGGCGGUGGCACUGGCGACAUCCAGUCCCCUGGAAGCGACAGCAUCUCCUCCAACCGUGUCCAGUCUGUCAAGUGCUACAUUAACUGA